AUGCCUUCAGGGCAUAUCAGUUGUUCACAGAAGCAUCUGCAAUUGAAUCUGCGAUAUACAAGGCCUCGGUGGUCUAGCGGUAUGACAGCCACCUUGAUAGGGAAAGAUCCACCCCUAGAUGCACCACUGGCUAUUCCUGCAGUUUUGUUGUUAGCCUGCAAGUGGAACUUAUUUGCUGCCAUAGAGGUGUAUCCCACAACCACGCCCAUAAGAGAGAUGGGGAGAGAGCAAUCGGAGCACGAUCCAAAAGGCCAUUUCUGUGAGAUGACGGAUGGAGAGAACAGUAUUUUCCACAGUUCUGAAGAAAGUCGAAAUGAAGGCCAUGGCUUUAUGACAGAUAAUUUGCCAACACUGCAAUCAAAACCACACUCUACAAAUAUCAGUGAAGAGAAAUAUUUGCCAUAUGAAUGCGAACACUGUGGUCAGAAAGUCAAGGACAAAAAUGAUUACUUAAAUAGACAUUUGAAGACACAUGUAGGAGAGAGACGAUACAAAGUUAAAGUAUUGCUUCUGAAAACACUUGAAUGUGAACAUUGUGGAAAGAAGUUUAAUUGUAAAGAAUAUUUGAAAAGUCAUGUGGAGGUACACAGAGACGAGAAACUUUAUGAAGGUGAACAUUGUGGAAGAAAGUUUAAUCAAAAAAGCAAUAUGGAAUUGCAGAUGAGUGUACACAUAAUGGUGUCUCCGUAUGAAUGUGAACAGUGUGGAAAGAAGUUCAGACAACAGAUGGGUUUGAAAAACCAUGCGAGUAUACACACUAAAGACAAUCUUUAUUAA